AUGUCGUUGCAGGACUGCUUCUAUCUGAUUUACAAAAUGCUGUCCUUACUUGAUAAACAAAUUAAAAUGGAUUCGGCAGACGAUGCCGAAUCAGUGGCGAAGCAGAUUGAAGAAUGCCCAACUUUGAGAACGCUGGAGUUGAGAGGGAACACAGUCGGUGUCGAGGCGGGUCGGAGACUCGCUCAGGCUCUAGAAAUGCAUCCGGAAUUGGAAGCAAAGAUGCCUGUGGAGCGACAUGUUCACAGGAAGCGUUCAAUGUGUUCUGCAAUGAUUAACGCUCACUGCCACAUAACAGAACUGGACCUAUCCGAUAACGCAUUUGGGCCUAUUGGAGCAGAAGGCAUUUCACAGUUUCUGGUUUCGAAAUCUGCUUAUUCUCUUCAAGUGCUGAAGUUGAAUAACAAUGGACUUGGUGCAGGAGGGAAAACAAUUGCUGAGUGUUUACUUAAAUGCCACAGAAAUGCAUCUGCAGAUGGCCACGAGUUCAAGCUGAAGACAUUCGUAGCUGGAAGAAACCGCCUUGAAGACCCAGGAGCAAAAGCCUUAGCUGAGGCCUUCACAGUCUUAGGCUCUCUAGAGGAAGUCAGCAUACCACAAAACGGUAUUCGAGCAGCAGGAAUUUGUGCCUUAGCACGUUCAUUUCGAUCAAAUCCCUCGCUUCGGCUAAUCAACAUUAACGACAACACAUGUACAGUCGAGGGAGCAUUGGCAUUGGCCGAGGUUCUUGAUGAGCUCACCGAAAUUGAAGUUCUUGAUCUCGGCGAUAGUUUAUGCAGGGAUGACGGAAUACUAAGUAUCAGUGAAGCGCUAUCAGAGCAUCACUACAAGCUUCAGUUAUGCAAGAUUCCAGCUGAACCGAUUGCUCGACAAAUCGAGCAGCACCCAUGUAUGAGAGUGUUGGAUCUUCGCGGAAACACUCUGGGCAUCGAAUCUGGAACUCGAAUUGCCGAGGCUAUUAAACGGCACCCUGAAUUACAGAGAUGUUUAUGGAGCGAUUUGUUUACAGGUCGUUUGAAGAAUGAGAUACCUCCAAUCUUGCGAUCAUUGUGCUCUGCUAUGAUUGCUACCAACUGCCAUAUCACAGAACUAGAUCUUUCCGACAACGCGUUCGGUCCGAUUGGAGCUGAAGGUAUACAAGAGUUCCUGGUAUCACCAGCAGCGUUUUCAUUGGAAGUGUUGAAGCUUAACAACAACGGUCUUGGGGCUGGUGGCAAGGUGAUCGCAAAAUGUUUAUCAGAGUGUUUUGUUCGAUCAUUUCAAGCUAAAAGACGUCUAAAAUUGAAAACAUUUAUUGCUGGUCGAAAUCGUCUUGAAGUUCCUGGUGCAGUAGCUCUUGCAGAAGCGUUCACUCCCUUCAAAGAAAUUCUUCACAUCCUCAGUAGUCGAAAUCUGAUUACCUACUUUAGCAUGGAAAAAAUUGGCUCUUUGGAAGAGUUUGCCGUACCCCAAAAUGGAAUCACAGCCAAGGGAGUCGAAGCACUGGCGGCCUGUUUUGAAGGAAAUCCAAAUCUUCGUGUCAUUAAUUUAAAUGACAAUACUGCUACUCAACUUGGAAGCGCGGCAAUCGCUAAGGCUUUGCCUUCCCUUCCCAGGCUGGAAGUGCUCAAUCUUGGUGACUGCUUAUGUCGAGAUCAAGGUUGCCAUGCAAUCGUUGACGCACUGUCGCCGACGGUGCACAAAGCUUUGAAAGAGGUGGAUUUAUCUGGAGCUGAGAUGAGUGGUGCGGCUGCGAUGCAGAUUGUUGAAAAAUGGAAGAAGUUCCCGUCUACCGUGCGGCUCAUUGUUUCAUCGAACAAUUUUGGUGGAGUGUUUGAGCAGUUGCGGGCAGUGGUAAACCAGAAUAUUGUUCUCGGCGAGUCUGACGAUGACCAGGGUUCCCUCAGUUCAGACGACGAAGAGAAAAUGAGCGCAGAGGAAACCAGCGAUGACGAUGGCUUGAAGAUGGAGGCUGCAGGCGCGCCCAGCGAUCCGGAUUCAUUACUAAAACGAUGUCGCAGUUGCAUGGAAGCAGCGCAAGAUCGCUUCGAGUCAGCUACACAGGAAAAGGCGGCUAAGUUGAUACUGGAGUUGGCUGACAUCAUAGCAAAAAGCAGUAACAAUGAGAGUAUAAUUGAAAUGGCGGUUGACAUAGCAGAAGAUGUAAUCAAACGGGUUGAAGCUGUUCGUCGUAGGCCAAUACAUACAACGUCACAACUUGUAAAUCAUCUCAUUGCUCAGAGUGGGUUUGUGAAAUGUGAGGAGAAAUGGGGUAUUGCCGUGAAUAGAACAGCACUGGCGCGUCUCCUUAGUCAAAUUAUAGCCCGUGGUCAUCUCUCCGAUUGCAGUGCCUUGGUCCAAAAUUAUUUGUAA